UUGUUUGGUAUCCCAACAUUCUUCACACUCUCAUUCCCUUCACUUCUCUUCCAAUAUUCACCCAAUAGAGAGAGAGCAGGAGACAACUUAAGCAAAUGGGUAUCUCUUGUUGGCCUUCAUUUGCUUCAAUGCCAGCUCUGCUCUGUUCUUUCUGUGUUUUAUUGCUAUUGCCAAACUCUGCAAUGGGCAUAACAAGGCACUACACGUUCAAUAUUACGUACCAAAACAUUACGAGACUAUGCAACACAAGGAGCGUUGUGACGGUAAACGGGAAGUUCCCAGGGCCUCGCUUGAUUGCAAGAGAAGGUGAUCGAGUUAUCGUCAAGGUUGUUAACCAGGUUUCGUACAAUAUCACCAUUCAUUGGCAUGGGAUAAGGCAGCUUACAAGCGGAUGGGCUGAUGGACCUGCUUAUAUAACACAAUGUCCGAUACAGAGUGGGCAGUCAUAUAAUUACAACUUCACCAUUACUGGGCAGAGAGGAACUCUCUUAUGGCAUGCUCAUAUCUCAUGGCUCAGAUCAUCUGUUUAUGGACCCAUUAUUAUCCUCCCAAAACGCAAUGAUUCAUACCCGUUUCAGAAGCCCUACAAGGAAGUUCCCAUCCUCUUUGGAGAAUGGUUUAACGUAGACCCAGAGGCUAUAAUUGCACAGGCCCUUCAGACAGGAGGAGGUCCAAAUGUUUCAGAUGCAUAUACAAUCAAUGGCCUCCCAGGGCCAUUGUACAACUGCUCUUCUAAAGAUACGUUUAAGCUGAAGGUAAAGCCAGGAAAAACCUACCUUCUCCGCUUGAUCAACGCUGCACUCAACGACGAACUUUUCUUCAGCAUAGCAAACCAUACUCUCACCGUCGUUGAAGCUGAUGCCGUUUACGUCAAGCCUUUCGACACUGAUACACUCCUCAUGACCCCUGGCCAAACCACUAGCAUCCUCCUCAAAACCAAGCCUGCUUUCCCCAAUGCAACCUUUCUCAUGGCUGCUAGGCCUUAUUUCACUGGCAGGGGAACCUUUGACAACUCCACCACUGCCGCUAUUCUCAAAUACAGGCACCCUUCUAAUACUUCUGUCAAGCUUCCCUUGUUUAAGCCAACCCUGCCGCCAAUCAACGCUACAGGUUUCGUUGCAAAUUUUUCUAGGAGAUUCCGUAGCUUAGCCAAUGCCAAAUUCCCUGCCAAUGUGCCGCAAACUGUAGACAGGAGUUUCCUUUUCACUGUAGGACUUGGGACGACGCCUUGCCCAGCCAAUACCACCUGCCAGGGACCCACCAAUACUACCAAGUUUUCUGCUUCUGUGAAUAAUGUCUCCUUUGUAUUGCCCUCUGUAGCUCUUCUCCAAUCCUAUUUCUUUGGAAUGUCUAAUGGCGUUUUCACAGCCGAUUUUCCUCAGAACCCACCUAUAGCUUUUAAUUACACGGGUGCUCCACCGAAUAAUACAAUGGUUAGCAAUGGUACAAAAGCGUUGAUGCUACGGUUCAACACGAGCGUGCAAGUGGUAUUGCAGGGCACAAGCAUCCUUGGUGCAGAGAGCCAUCCUCUCCAUCUGCAUGGAUUUAAUUUCUUUGUGAUUGGACAAGGUUUUGGCAACUACGAUCCUAACAAAGAUCCAGCCAAGUUCAAUUUGGUCGAUCCUGUAGAGAGGAACACGUUUGGGGUUCCGGCUGGGGGUUGGAUUGCCUUUCGCUUCCUGGCGGACAAUCCAGGAGUCUGGUUUAUGCACUGUCACCUGGAUGUGCACACUAGCUGGGGGCUAAGGAUGGCAUGGAUAGUGAUGGAUGGACCCCAACCCAAUGAGAAGCUACAACCACCACCGUCUGAUCUUCCAAGCUGUUGAUUUUUGUUCUAUUUUUGACUGACCAUUGGUCCGGAUAGCAUUGCAUGAUUCCAUGCAUUCGUUUUAUUUGUAAACUAAUAAUUACACCAUUUUUUUUUCGGUUUGUGUGUUUUCUGUAUACGUGUCUGAUUUAAGAAAACCUCAAAAGGUUGGGUGAGAAAUGGUUGGUGGAAGGUGAAGAUUGAGAGAUGGGAAGAGCAGCUCAGUUGUAAACAUCGGACAAAAUUAAUAAGAUAUUUAGCUCAACAAUUUUUGAAGUUCAA